AUGGAACAGGUAACCAACGAUACUUUUAUAGUGAACAAUCAAAUCGAUGGUGAAAAACAUUACAUUGAACGACGGAGUAGUGCUAGAUAUCGUAACGAGAAUGAUAAUGAUGAAGGUGCAACAUGGAGUAUUAGCAGUAAUGGAGAUGUUUCACCUCAUUCAAAUGAACAAAGACUUGAAGAAAUCGAUAAACUCUCUGGAAAUGUAAAUAAUGAUGAAUAUCUUGAAUUAAUAAAUUCCUUGAAAAUAAAUAAUAAUAAACAAGAAUAUUUCUACGAUGGUAUUGAAGAAAUUUUAUCGAAUUCUGAUGAUGAACAAAUAAUUAAUAAUGAAGAUGAUGAACAUUUAUUUAAUGAUGAUGAUCGAAUAUCAUUUACACGUGAACAACUUGUUGAAUAUCAACAAAUAACAAAAUUACUUCGAUUUGUUAAAAAUGGUGGUCGAUGUACAGCUAUUUUAGCAUUAGCAUUAUUACAUGAUCAUAAUUUACAAGAUCGAGGUGCUUUUUCAGCAUUUAAAGAUUCAUCAACAAUAAGUGUUUUACUUAAUUUCAUUGAAAUGUAUGAUCGAGAUCUUAAAUUAAAUACCUUAUAUGUCCUGGAAGAUGCAUGUCAAAAUUCUGCAUUUACUUAUGAAAUAUUUCGUUUAGGUGGUAUAAUAACAAUUAUAAAUAGUAUGUGUUUAGAUCAUAUUGGUAUACAAGAAAGUUGUUCAAUUUUACUUAAACUUCUUUUAUUUCGUCGAGCAAGAAGAGUUAUACGACGUUUUGGUGGAAUUAGUAAAUUAAUAACUUUAUUAGAUGAAUUAAAUGAAAAUUUAAUUGAAAAUAAUCAAAGAAUAUCACAUAUAUUUCAAGUAUUUUUAUUAUUAUGUAAAUCAGAAAAAAAUAAAUAUGUUUGUAUUCGAUAUGGAAUUGGAAAAGUUAUAGUUAAAAUUAUUUUAAAUAUUUCAAAUAAUUCAUCAACAUCAAUUAUUUCAUUAUUUGCAAUUCUUCUUCAAAUACCGAUAUUUCGUUUACAAAUGAUUGAUACAAAUUUAAUAAUAUCUUUAAUAAAUUUAAUUGAUUUAACAAAUAUUGAACUAACUCGUGCUAUAUGUGAAUCUCUUUAUUAUUUAUCACUUGAUUUAAAUCUUUUACAACAUAUUUAUCAAUAUGGUUUUAAAAAAUUAAAAGGUUUAUUAGAACAAACCAAGGAUCCAUCAAUAUUUUGCUCAACGAUAAAUAUUUUAACAGAAUUUAUACGAAAUAAUGAAAAUAUAUCAAAUGAUAUUAUAUUAAAUAUGAUAAAAUUUUUUAAAGAUUCUUCAAAUAUUUUAUAUUUAUUACGUAUUAUUAAAUCUCUAAAUGAAUUAACAAAAAUUUCUCAAACAAUAGAAUUAUUUAAACAAGACAAAAUUUUUCCAGAUUUUAUUUUUUAUUUACAAAAUGAAAAUAAUUCAGAAAUUCAAUUAAAUAUUUUAUUUAUACUACAAAAAUGUGGAAAAGAUAAAGAAGCAUCAAAAAUGAUUAUUGAUAAUAAUGGUUUACAAGAAUUAUGGACAUUAUUUAAAUUAGCUUCACCAUCUAUUAAAAUAGCUGCUGGAUGGACGAUUAGAAAUUGUCUUGCUUCAAUUGAAAAUCAUGGUGAACUAAUACGUUCAUUUGAUGGUGUUUUUUAUUUAAUUUUAAAUACAUUAUCAACAGAAAAUAUUGAUUUACUUGCAGUUACUUUAGCAAUUAUUGCUGAAAUUGUUAAAGAUGAACAUAAUCUAGAAAUUCUAACAGAUCUUGGCAUUGUUUCAAAAAUUUCCCAGUUAAAUGAUCUAGAUUAUCCUCAGUUGAGAAAACCAUAUUGUGAUGCAAUAGCUAAUUUAUUAGAUUUACCGAAAAAUCAAGAACAAUUCGGUAAUCGACGUGUUAUGAUAGCAUUGAAAAAUUAUUUACAAGAACAAGAUUCAGAACUUUAUAAACCAUUAACUAAAAUUAUCUAUGAUCUUUCUUGUGUUCCAUCGAAUUGUGUUAUUUUACAUGAUGUUGGGAUAGCGUCAAAUUUACUUAAAUUGAUUGGUGAUGAUGAUCCAAAUGUUCAAGAAAAAUCUGCUAAUGCAUUAAGGAAUAUGCGUCAAUUACUUAAUGCUAAUAGACAAGUAGAACGGACUAUUAUUAAAGAUAUUUCUCGAGUUCCAACACAAAAGACAAUCGAUAAACGAGUUAAAUGCAUUUUAUAA